GGAGGGGCCCGGCUCGACCAUGUCUUCCCUGCGCAGCGCGGACCCCGCGCUCAGGGCCUACUUCAAGCGCCACAGGCUCCUCGAUGUCUACGAGACUCUACUAUGUGGUGUAUUUAUUAUGUGUCCAGAGGAUCCACUUAAGUUUUUAGAAGAAAAGAUCAGAGAAAUAAUGGAAAAGGGACUAGAUAGUAUUUUAUGGGAUACAUGUAUUGAUUCAUCCUUAAGGCCAAAAUUAAAGAGGAUUUCAGAAACUUAUUUGCACAUCCUUUUUGGACUAAAUGAUGAACAGCUGAUGACCGAUGAGUUAUGUGGCAAAGCAUGGAACUUUUACAGCAAAAACUUAAAGAAGGUGUACUUUCAAGAAUGGAUGCAAUAUUGUCUGUUGCGAAAAAACAGUAGAGCACUUGUAAAGCGGAAGAUGGCUGUUGCAGCAGCCCAUUAUGACACUAGAAUAACCAGAGUAGUAGUACAGAAGUGGAGAGCUUGGGUACAGUUUCGCAAGGAACUAACAGCAUUGGCAGCAAUGAGGAUACAAAAGGUCUUUAAUGACAGUUUGCACAAAAUUAUCCUAAAGGCGUGGCAUGCAGAGGCUCAGAGUUCUGCAAAAACAAAAGCAUAUUUUGAGCGUUUGGUAAAGGGAGACCAGGAAGAAUAUUUUGAUAAACAGGAUGAUGUACAAUAUUCUUCUACCUCAGAAACAGUCAAAGAUGAAAUAUCAAAUAUACCAGAAAGAGCAGUAUUACAGAUCUUCCAUUAUAUCAACUUAAUUGAUCUGGCAAGAUGUGCUCAAGUUAGCCGAACCUGGAUGUUGCUAACACAGGCUAGUUCAAUAUGGACUGAUAUUGAUUUUUCUUCAGUAAAGCACAAGAUGCAGGACAAAACACUAAUAAAUAUUCUGAAGAAGUGGCGUCCUUAUGUGGUACGUUUGAAUCUUCGUGGUUGUUCUUCUCUUCACUGGCCAAGCUUUAAAAGUAUUAGUGAAUGUAAAAAUUUGCAAGAUUUGAAUGUCUCUGAAUGCCAGGGAUUAAAUGAUGAAUCAAUGAGACUUAUAUCAGAAGGUUGUCCAGCUCUUCUCUAUUUAAAUCUGUCAUACACAGAUAUUACUAAUGGGACACUAAGACUGUUAUCAAGGAGCUUCUCCAAUUUACAAUAUUUGAGUUUAGCUUACUGCAGAAAAUUCACAGACAAAGGUUUACAGUACCUGGGAUCUGGGAAAGGAUGUCACAAGCUCAUCUAUUUAGACCUUUCAGGUUGCAUUCAGAUCUCUGUUGAUGGCUUCAGAUAUAUUGCUAACAGCUGCAGUGAGAUUAAGCACUUGGUAAUCAAUGAUAUGCCAACUCUUACAGACAAAUGUAUUCAAGCUUUAGUUGAGAAAUGCCAACAGAUUAUGUCUGUUGUUUUUCUGGACUCUCCACAUCUUUCUGAUGUAGCUUUUAAAGCCCUUGCUGAAUGUAAACUUGUCAAGGUCAGAAUUGAAGGAAAUAAUCGGAUUACUGAUUUAAGUUUCAAGUUGAUGAGCAAAUCUUGCCCACAAAUCAAGCACAUUUAUAUGGCUGAUUGCCAGAAGAUUACAGAUGUCAGUCUUAAGACAAUUUCUCCAUUGAAGUAUAUUCUUGUAUUGAAUUUAGCAGACUGUGUAAGAAUCAGUGAUGCAGGUUUGCGAUCAUUUUUAGAAGGAUCUUCAGGGACAAAGCUAAGAGAACUGAACUUGACUAACUGCAUCCAUGUCACUGAUGCCUCCCUCAUGAAAAUAGCCCAAAGGUGCCAUAGUCUGACCUACCUGAAUAUGCGUUACUGUGAAAGCGUGACUGAUGCUGGGAUUGAAGCACUGGGAAACAUGACCUCAUUGAUAUCUAUUGAUAUUUCUGGAACCACUGUCUCAGAUAUGAGCUUGGCAGCUCUGGGCCAUACUAGAAGAAUGAAGGAACUUUCUGUAUCUGAAUGUAGGAAGAUCACUGAUAUGGGAAUUCAGAAGUUCUGCCAGGGUGCAAAAGAUCUAGAAUACUGUGAUGUCUCUUACUGCUUUCAACUGACAAAUGAAACUGUCAAAGCUUUGGCAUUUAACUGCCACCAACUUACAUCCCUCAACAUAGCUGGUUGCCACAAGAUGACAGAUUUGUGUGUUCAGUAUUUGUCAGGAGUCUGCCAUUAUCUCCACUUCUUGGAUAUCUCAGGCUGUAUAUAUCUUACUGACAAAACACUAAAGUACCUUUGGAAAGGUUGUACGCAACUCCGGAUUCUUAAGAUGCUGUACUGCAGAAAUAUUACCAAACAAGCUGUUUUGAAAUAUUCAGCCAAGCUAGAGAAUCAGGAAUAUAAUGAUGCCGACCCUCCUGCAUGGCUUGGGUAUGAUAGCGGCGGCGGUGUACUCCCCCUCAACAAGAAACCCAAAACAGGACCUGAAAAAGCUAAAGCCUUGUACCAGAAUGAAAACAAAGAAGCUGCAUAACAUCAUCUGUGCUUCAAUUUUUCUUCAGCAGAGAGUGAAAAAAUGAAACAGCAAGUUCCUGUUUCUAAGAUAGUCAUUUAAUAAAGCGGAUUUUCUAGUUGAAUUAUGAAGCGUUUAUUCCAAAUCUUCUUAGCAGCAGUACUGCUGCCCGCAUUCACAAUUACUGUGCAAAGAAAUGAAAUUGCUAGCUUAAUUUUUUAGUGAGCUUUCAGAUGCUGACUCAAUCUAGUGAAAUUUCAGAUGUGUUCAUCUUCCAGGCAUGAGCAGCAUUUAUACAGCUUGCAAAGCAGUAUUUAUACUUUUACGAUAUGUAACUAAUAAAAAGCUAUGUGUGUGGUGUUCUUAUUUAUCGAGAGGGUCUGACUAGGGCUUGCCCCCAUGAGGGGACAAGAACCCUGAGCUCUCACAAAAAUCUGGAAAUUCAGCACCCCACAGAAAUAGUUCUUAUCAAGGACAAAUAUCGAUAUGACCACCCCAGCCCCCCCACUACAUAUGCAAAUAUCAUAUUUGUGCCUUCAAAUGGUCAUGUGCACAUACAUUGCAGUAAUUGCACAUUCAGGCCUCUCAUUCUAAAAGUGUGGUUCUCCACGUUACUUAAGGCCAGAUUGUUAAAACUUGGGGCUUUUGAAAAUCCUACUAGGCACCUUGGUGCCUAACUGCCACUGAUGGGAGUUAGGUGCACAGGCAUUUUUGAAAAUCCUUCUGGACACCUAGCUGGAUCUUUAGGAGUCUAAAUAACUUUAAACAUGAAGCAUUAGAUUUUUUUAACUUCGGUGAUAUGAAAUUACUGAGUUGAGAGAGCCAGCACAAUGGAAGAUAGAGGGACCAAAGAGACUUUGAAAAAUUAGCAGCAAAAUCUAUGGAGCCGAUUCUGUAAAACAUAUCCAUACACUUUUGCUGCUGCAUGGCGUUCCAUUUAAGUGAGUGCAAAUCCAUGUAGUAGUAUAGGUCUGUGUCCCCUUUGACUAAAACAGUUAACAGAAGCCUUGGGUUUGAAAAUUUCUUCAGGAAAUUAAAACCCAUCACAUGCUUUCAUUAAUUUUUUACGUCUGCCAUUUCAAACUAUCAGUGUUGCUCCACCUCAAGACCCCUUGUCCCCAAACAGAAAAAAAACUACAUAGAUUAAGGGGAAAGCAAUGACUGAUGUGGUUUCAAUUAAGUGCUAUGAAGGGUAAUAAUAGUGCCCUCUAUUUUCUCCCUGUUGUGCACUAACAAUGGCACUUACAAUGUGAAACAGUAGAACGGGAUGGCUUUACAAUGUAGCCUGGUGAUUUAAUGUGCAAGUGCACACACAGAGACAGAGCCUAUGGUAAAUUAUGAACAGCAGUGGAGCUGUGAACACUCCUUUACCUUUCUCUGCCAGCUGCACUCAAGAAGAGGUUUGAUGGCCUCAGAUUACAUUUCAGUUUUGAGAACCAAACUUGUGUACCUCUUGUACAACUACCACUGUACUGCAGUCAGACAGAGGCUUUUAAAAGUUUCAUUUUCUUUAUUAUUAUGCAUUUGUAUUGUGGCCGCAUAUAGAAGCCUCGACCAAAAUCGGAGCCCUGUUGCGCUAGGUGCUAGAUAAACAGUAAGAACGAAUCCCUGCCCCAAGGAGCUUACAGUCUAAACAGCCAUGGUGGACUGUACAUUAUUUAUUUUUUCAUUUUGGUCUUUGUUUACAUGCCUCAUGUCCCUCACGCUUAACAAUGCAACCAGAAUAAAGUUUCCCAUGCACUAGCUGAACACUGCAGUACCUGGGGAGCAUACGCUGCAGGGGAACAGUUAUUUGUUAAAGGGAUGCUGACAACAUAGAUUUUUUAAAUUAGUUUCUGACCGGCCAGUUAGAAGCUACCACCUUCUUUUUGUUAUUCAGGCCAAGGAUUGGCUUUGGGGUCCUGAUCCAUAACAAGGGCUCCUAGAGGCAGCCAUAGUUGCAAUAAGCAGGGACCCCAAGGGGCAGGCAUGGUGGGGACUGGAAGCAGGGACUUGGAAGAUAGAAAGGAAAAAUUGUAGUGCUGGGGAGGAAGCAGGGAUCCAUGGGGCUGGGGGGCAUCCUGUUGAUGAGGGAAGCAGGGACCUGGAGGUGGAAGGAUGAUGUGGAAGCAGGAAGCAGGGGAGUACAGAUGAGGUGGAGGGAGCAGAGAUGGUGUGGAGGGAGCAGGGACUGUAACCAACCUUGACUUUAUCAGUGCCACCUUUGCAUCUACUGACUCUAGAAGGAGCAGGGCAUGGUGGGGGUGGGGGAGUGAUUCCCAGCCAAGGCUUGAAGGGGUAAAUGAAGGUUUGGGGGAGGGAGGGGUGUGAACUUCUGAGGUCAAGUGGGAAGGGGAUGGGGGCAAGUUAACAAGUAACGGGGUAGAGGGUAAAGGGCUAAACAGCUCUGAGUGCAGGCACUGGGGGUAUCUGUAACUGCCAUGAUCCCCAUUUCUACCCACUUUUGGUCCCUGUUACCCCUCCCCCAUUCCCUGUACAGCCACUUUCCCCACCAAACUGCUGAAGGCAGAGGAAUCUAUGGCAUCCCCUUGUGCCACCUACACAUACCCCAGGCAGCAGCUUCAGCGGCUGCUCUUUUGCCGGGUGUCCAGCUCCACCUACAGAAGCAACGACGUGGGAAAUCCUUCAGUCAAUUUUUAAAGUUUUUUUCCUGUUCCGCUGCUGCUGACUGUGUAGGGCAUAUAAGCAAGGCAGCACAUGCAGGCCUGAAAGCACCAUGAAGAGAUGUGCUGAGGGCCAAGUUUCCCCCUUUCUAUCUGGCAUGCCUGUGCCUGCCUCUGUUUUACAGCAGCACCCGCUCCCAGGUACACUGCUUCCUCGCCAUGCUGCGCCCCACAUAGUGAAGAGUUCUUCUUGCUGCUCCCCACCCUGGGGAGGGCUCCAAGGAGACGCCACAUCAUCAUUGCCUCCUACUAGGCUACUAGAAACAACAGAAAGGAAGCUACAGUGUCACAUUAAUGGUGACAUGACAAGUGACUGCCUGUUCACAGAGGUUUACCUCUGUGUGGUUUUAGUUCAUCUGCAAUCAAAAUAUAACUGCCUACAAGAUAAGCCAGCCUGAACCUGCAAGCCCACCUUGGCUCUGACUAACACCUCCUGAGGUGUAAGGCAAUUUACACUUGAAAAGAUUCAUUCCAAAGAAGGGCCUUUUGCCUCGGUUAUAGCAAGGAAGGCAUUUCCUUUCACCAGGUAUCUAACCACACCCUGGUAGAAAAUAACUCUUUGAAGUUGAUCACAGACAACCAGGCUAAUAUGAAGGAAAUUUGAAGAUUAUAUAUUGGUGGAAAUGGCAUAAUGGGAAGUCAUGUUUCCUAAUGCUAAUGAAACUUUGAACACUUGCCUCUGCUAAGAACAAAGGAAGUCCUGUCUUUACACAUCAGGACACUGAACUUAAGAGAGUGAGAAGGAGAGCAAGGACAAGCCAAGGAACACAUAUGCAGUGUCAGUGUUGCCACAUCGGUCCAGGAUAUUAGAGAGACAGGAUGAGUGAGAUCACAUCUUUUAUUGGACCAACUGCUGUUGAUGAGAGAGACCAGGUCUACACUACAGAGUUAGAUUGACAUAAGGCAGCUCAGCUUACAUGAACCCAGUUCUGUAAGUGUCUACACUAAAAUGUUGUACCUGCUGAUGUAACUCACCAAAUACACAGACUUAAUAACUCCACUGCCAUGAGAGGUGUAGCACUGAGUCGACAUAGGUUGACACCGUGUCAAUGUAAACCCUGCCUUACUUAUGUCAACUUUAGUGGCCACCAGGAGGUGUCCCACAAUGCCCUACUGUGACCACUCUGGUCACAAUCUUGAACUCUACUUCCCAGCAGCAAGAUACACAGGUAUAUGCCCCUCCCCUCUAAAUCCUCAUAAAUUUUUGAAAUUCCAUUUCCUGUUUGCUCGGCAUGGAGAGCUCACCUAGCAACUGCCCUGCUGACCAUGCCUGCUUCACCCUGCAGACGCACUCCUGCCUGGAGUACACAGGAGGUGGUAGAUCUCCUGGGCCUGUGGGUUUGUCUACACUACAGGAUUAUU